AUGUGCCCCUGCUGCAGCUGGAGGGACAUGUGCAAGUAUGAGACUGCCAAGGUCAUCCGUGUCCAAAGCAUGACCUAUGGGACUAUAAGAUGGACCCUCUGUAUGAUAGUCUUCUUCUAUGUUUGCUUUUCCUUGGUGAGUGACAAGCUGUAUCAGCAGAAGGAACCCCUCAUCAGCUCAGUGCAAACCAAAGUGAAAGGCAUAGCAGAGGUGAAGGAUGGGAGCACGUCUCGAGUGCUGGACACAGCCGAUUACACAUUUCCUUUGCAGGGAAACUCAUUCUUUGUGAUGACUAACUUCAUAUCCACGGAAGGCCAGACACAAGGACUUUGUCCCGAGUAUCCCACCCGAAUAACUCUUUGUUCCACUGAUCGGGGGUGUAAAAAAGGCAAGAAGGAUCCACUGAGCAAAGGGAUUCAGACAGGAAGGUGCGUGCAGUACAAUGCAACCCAAAAGACCUGUGAGGUCUCUGCUUGGUGCCCUGUGGAACCAGAAAGAGAUGCUCCUAAGCCAGCUCUCCUAAUUAGUGCCGAAAACUUCACUGUGCUCAUAAAGAACAACAUUGAUUUCCCAGGCCACAACUAUACCACAAGAAACAUUUUACCAGGAGUCAAUAUUACUUGUACAUUUCAUAAGACUCAGAAUCCACAGUGUCCAAUCUUUAGGCUGGGAGAUAUCUUCCGAGAAGUAGGGGAAAAUUUUUCUGAUGUGGCUAUACAGGGUGGAAUUAUGGGCAUUGAGAUCUACUGGGACUGCAACUUAGACCGAUGGUUCCAUUCCUGCCGCCCAAAGUAUAGUUUCCGUCGUCUUGAUGACAGGACCACCAUUGAGUCUUUAUACCCUGGCUAUAAUUUCAGAUUUGCCAGAUAUUAUAUGGAAGGAAACGUCGAAAAACGGAAUCUGAUUAAAGCUUUUGGAAUCCGCUUUGACAUUCUGGUUUUUGGCACAGGAGGAAAGUUUGACUUUAUCCAAAUAAUCAUGUACAUUGGCUCAACUCUCUCCUACUUUGGUUUGGCCACAGUAUUCAUUGAUUUUCUCAUUGAUACAUACUCAAGUACCUGUUGCCGAACUAGUGUUUAUCGUUGCUGUCCAGUCUGUAAGCCUUGUGGGGUCAAUGAGUAUUACUACAGGAAGAAGUGUGAGACCGUUGAGGAGCCCAAGAGGACUUUAAAGUAUGUGUCCUUUGUGGAUGAGCCCCACAUUCGGAUGGUGGAUCAACAGUUAUUGGGGAAAAGUUUGCAAGAAGUGGAAGGUGAAGAGGUUCCAAGACCCCGAAUGGAUUUCACAGACUUGGCCAAGCUUCUUCCACCACAGCCUGAUGCCAGCCUCAGCCCUGUAUCCCCAGAAGAAAUGCGACUCCUGAAGAAAGAGCCAAGUCCUCCAACCCAGGCAAAGCCCAAAUGGUGUCACUGUGGGCACUGCCGCCCAUCCCAACUCCCAGGAAGCAACAAGUGCCUGGAAGAGCUGUGCUGUCGCAGGAGUGAGGGUCCCUGUAUCACCACCUCGGCCCUCUUUGAGGAGCUGGUCCUCUCCAGGGCCACCCUGCGCUUCAUCUUGCUCUACCAAGAGCCCUUCCUGGACAUGAACGUAGAUGCCCUGACCAACCAGCUCCGGCACUGUGCUUAUAGGCGCUACAUUGACUGGCGCUUUGGCAGCGAUGACAUGGCCAGCUUCUCCAUCCUGCCCAGUUGCUGCCGGUGGACUAUCCGAGAUCAUUUUCCCAAGCAGGAGGGAAAGUAUACUGGCUUCAAGAACCCUUUUCCAUACACAUAUUUGGAACCAAAGAGUUUCUAAAAUCGACUUCUUUCAUCUUUAACUUUCUUUACCUUCUGGGAGAAAGAUUUGAGAGAUUCAACCUUGGGUUAUGAAAACUUCCUUUCUCAUCUUGAAACUGAAGAUAUAGGGAGGGAACAACCUGAUUUGGGAGAAAGAACUCUGGUUUGAAAGUUUGGGCUCUCUCUAGAAAGGUAAUUCCCCACGGGCACGGCUACUUAAGUUUAGUGCCUCGGUUUCUUCAUCUGGAAAAUUAUAACAAAAACCUGCCUUGCCAAUCCAAAGAGACCUUUUGAGGAUAAAAUCAUACCCUAUAAAUGAAAAUGUUUUGUAAAAGGUUAAAUGUGCCACAAAACUAUACUAUUCUUUUAAUUAUAUAAAAAUGGAUAUGGUAACCAA